ACUAGUUAAACUACACCGCACCACUCCCGAACUCGUGAGAUACUCUCCUCCUCACUCAUCAUCGGCCUAGCGUCCAUCCUAGAGAGAGAGAGGGGGGGAAGGGGCGGAAAAGGUGUGAGCAGAUUGUUGAUAGAUAGGGGGGGAGAGAGAAAAGAGGGGGAUAUCACAGCAGCAGCCGCAGCAGCGGGCAGAAAGAAAGACCCAAACGAGUGAGAGAGGAGAGAGAGAGACGAAAGCUUAGAAGAAGAGAGAUCCACCUCGAAGUAACCCCCUCCCUCCUCCCCAUCCUCUCCUUCCUCCCCACGCCCUCCUCCCGUGCUCUCUCGCUUGCUGCUGCCAGCGGAGGACUGCGGCCAAGCCGGCGAAUUGCUCUGCUCCGGGCUUGGGAGGAUGAGGGAGGAGGAGGAGCCAAGCUGGUUCGCGCGCUUCGACGAGGACCUGCCGGCGCCGGACGAGCUCAUGCCGCUCUCGCAGUCGCUCAUCACCCGCGAUCUCGCCGCCGCCUUCGACAUCCCCACGCACGGCGGGGGCGGCCCGCUCAGCGGCGGCGCUGACGGCGCGGGCGGCCAGGAGAUGAACGGCGGCGCGUCGUCGGCCGCCGGCUCCAGCGGCGGAAACGGCGGCGGCAACGGGGAGGAGCCGGCCAGGACCCUCAAGCGGCCGCGCCUCGUGUGGACGCCGCAGCUGCACAAGCGGUUCGUCGACGCCGUGGCGCACCUCGGCAUCAAGAACGCCGUGCCCAAGACCAUAAUGCAGCUGAUGAGCGUGGACGGCCUCACGCGCGAGAACGUCGCGUCCCACCUCCAGAAGUACCGCCUCUACCUCAAGCGCAUGCAGGGGCUCGGCAACGGCGGCGGCGGCGGGGGAGGCAGCCACUCCUCCGGCUCCGGGACCGACGCGGCCACCGAGCACCUCUUCGCCACCGGGCCCUCCCCGUUCCUCCCGCCUGGCCGCGGCCCGGCCGUCGCCGACCCUUACACUCCAUACGCCGCCAUGCCCGCCCACCCCGCCGCGCACCACCAUCACCACCACCCGCAGCAGAUCGCCCACUUCCACCACCCCGCCGCGCGCCCGCUCGGCCACUACGGCGCCGGGCCAGGCGGCGGCUUCGACCACGGGUUCCUGAGCCGCGCCGUGGCCAGCGGCGCGCCAGUCGGCCCGCCCGGGAUGCACCACCGCAUGGUCGGCGGCGGGGCCGCGAUGGGGAUGAUGGCGCCGUCGUCUUUCGCCGAGGAGCUGGAGCUCGGGUCCCGCGGCGGCGGCGGCGGCGGCGGGCGCCGGGAGCUGACGCUGUUCCCGACUUCCGGCGAGCACUGAGUGUCGACAUCGACGGUGACCGGCAUCGAAUGGCGGAGGGGCAUCCGUCCGUCCGUCCGUCCUCCUCGGGUAUAUAAAAUUCGUUUUCCCCUCUGCCGCCGCCGCUACUUCCCACAGAUCGGCAUAGAAUCCCAGCAAGAUUCACCACAUCGUCAUAUCAUAGAGGCCAAGAAUUCUUGGGAAUUAGCGCUCCGCCACCCAUCCAAUCCAUCCAUAUUUUCUAUCUAUCUCUCUCUUCGCCAGUGCUUCUGUUCUGUUCUUGUGUUGCGGAUAUUUGUCAUUGCUGUCCCGUUCUCUCCUUGUUCUUUGCUGUUGAUGACAUAAAGCUUAGCCCUAGAGACAAUUAUUUUAGACGGUAAAAAAGUUGUGAAAAUUUGCUGCCUGCUAGUACUUUCAUUCAUGCCGUUGGUUCUCUGAGUAAAAUUCAAUCCUUGCGAAUUGCGCGGAGGAUCCAGGGGCCAGUCUGCUCUGCUCAUCUCGGCGACUGACACUUGGUCCUUGAGUGAUGCAACCAUCUGCAUGUGAGCUGUGAUCCCUCCAAACAAGUGAUGCAAUCAUCUACCAUUGCAGAUUGCAUAGGUGAGUUGAGUAGAGAUGAUAUAGGCAGGAUUGAAUAAUAUCAAGGACCCACCCACCCUGAGGUUGGAGGUGAAUAAGUUUGAGAAUUAAGUUUGUUUGUACCGGCAUGAUGACAAUAUAGCUCCUCGUCCUUUGGGCAUCAGAGGAUGAACAUGUGUAGCAAAGGAAGGUUGCACUAGUUGCUCUUACAUUCUGCUGCUUCUAGGAUCAUGAUCAGAGCAACUCAAAUUGGAGUUUCUUAUGGUAGUAGUGUAGUAAUCAUUUGUAAAUUUUCUCUUUUCCCUUCUAAAAGCUUCUUGUUUC